AACACUACUUUUCUGUUCUAAAAUAUCUCCCUGCAGAGGAUAAUUUGAACUUUAAAGUCACAUGGUGAAAUCAUAGGUUUGCUAAGCAUGCAACGUGUACGGUUUGAAUGAUGUAAACCCAGUUCCUGUUUCCCUUGCAGAACUGAAUGUUUUUGUAGUCAGCAAGCAACUGGAGUUUUCAUCGCGAUUUAUAACAGCCAAAGAAGUUACUGUGAUAUACACACGCUGCUGUCUGCAUAAAUAGAAAGGGCUACAUCCUCCAAACAGUAACUGUAAUUCAUCUGACUACUCACAGUGGAAGUCUCAGCUAAUUGUAUCUGUGGAGCAUUUUCCUGGAAAGUUUCUAACUUCCCCGGGCAGGAACAAGCAGGUUGUGCAGAAAGGAUGAGCGCUCACAACAUGACGUGGAUCAGCUACCCGAGCAAGAGCCUGGCUUCCACCUCCCUGGAAGAAAUUGAAGCAUUCAUAGCUUCACAAAACAUCAUAUCCAGACUUAUGCACUGUUACAUUGCCUUCUUUGUGCCGACAGGGCUGAUAGCUGGCGUGUGCAUUUUGGUCAUUUUCAUAAAGAAUUACGUGCAGAACAAAGCCAUGGAGCACUUAGACCCGCUUCUCCUACACUUCACCAUCAGCAACAUCACAAUGAUUCUGUUGUCAUUCACAGUCAUCAACAGACCUGACUACACGAGAGUGACCCACCUGGCCUGUAGUGUGCUGUCAUUUCUGUUCAACUUCAGUUAUUUCAGCUCUCAGCACUCUUUGGUGCUGAUGCUUCUCAUGCUGUUACUGAAGAGAUUUCCACCAAGGACUGCUCUGAGCACAGUAACCCAGCGCCCCAUUCUGUGCAUUGGAUGCGUACUGCUAUGUGCCUUCUGCUUGGCUCUGACAGAGGCAGUGCUGGUUGGCACAGAGAACUACCACUUGGAAACAGACUGCCAGCUAGAUCCAUUAUUUGCAUGGCCUGAAUACGAGAUCGUUAAAUUCACCCUUGGAUUUGGAAUCCCAUCAUUUCUUCAGAUACUCUCUUUUAUCACCCUCCUUGCUAAAGAAGCCCCUGCUGAAGCUCCAGCCUUACAGCAGCACAUCCGUGCUUACCUUGCUGUGUUCAUUAUAAGCAUAACGACAUUUAUAUGUCGUCUAUUUUACAACAUUAUGAUUCUCUUCAGGACAACACUGAAAUUACAGAAGAGCAUUGGAACUCCAAAGGAUGAGCUCGUGAUGAACAUUGCUGAAAUAGUACUGUUCUCUGAGAGCUGUGCUAGCCUGCUACUCAUCCUCUGUUUGCACAAACCAUGCAAGGACAGAAUACUUCAAGUCAUACGGAGCUGCCGAAGGGCACCCAGCACCCCCAGCCACCUCGACAUCCCAGUAACGCCCACAGGCCCUGAAAUGAUGUCUCAGUAACACCUGCUCUUCUCAGAGCUCUCAAUCUACUCCUAUGGCUUUUCUUCUUUGUAAAGGACAGUUGUUCUUCCUUUUGAUCCCAAACUUGGACUAUCACACAGCUAGCAGGACUGAUAAACAUGUAUUUAUCUGCUAUCUGCAGUGACCUAGCAUGUAGAAACAUGCAGGACUUGGGGGUCUGUUCUCAUGUGCGUGUAAAUAUUUUUUCAUCUCCUUCCUUUGCACUUUACUUCAAAAGCGAGCAGAAAGUAUUGCAGCCAUAGGAACAUGCUUCUGUAAUAGAACCAAUGCCUUAGUGAGGAUGAGCACCAAAACAUAUCCCAGAGCAACUUGGAACUAAGGAUCAGUUAGUGACAACUAUGAAAUCCUUUCAUUUGGACAAGUGGAGAGGCGAAGCACCCAGGAAGGCCUGCCAGACUCAACUGCUGGAGUCGGAAAGGACUGCUGCUUUGUGAAUUCUAUUUUAUCACAUUUGGAUGGAGACUGGAGUGCUAUGAUGACAUCCUCCACUUUUACAUCAUGUUGUGGCCCAAUUACAGAAAAUCUGGAUGUGUUUCUCCUCUCUUUGAAGUGUUUUGCAACAUACAGUGCCAGAAAAACAAAAAGAUUCUACCAAACAGUUUGAAUGGUACAAGUGCUGUCCCUGCAAAGGCUGAACUUUAAAAAAAUGUAUUUUUAGUAAGAAAAAUGCGUUCUCAGAAUAAUUGGCAACUAAAAAGGCUGAACAAACAAACACACUCCAGGCAAGGUUUUCUGCAGGCACAGAACACAAUCAUUUGUUCCAAUCCAAACUAUGCUUGAUUACGUGCAAGAAAAGUAGCGAUCCUGUGACUGGUCAGGAUAAAAUCCAGAGGUACUGCAGAGGAGGGCAACAGCUCCAGGCAGAUGUCACACAGUGGAUGGACAAGGUCACAGGUGCUGCUCAUGCUAACAGAACGAUGAGACAGCCCUGGAGGGGGAGUUCCAUCUACACGCACAACUUGAACUUUACAGCAGCAUCUGUUCCUCCUCCACUCACCUCCCACUUUGCUCUUCCUCUACUAUCACUCCUUUGGUAACAGCAGUCCUAUGCUGACGCUUGCUAAAUUACCUCCAGCAGCCUAUAUUAUCAUAUUAUCCUCACUCCGAGCCUCUUGGUACAACACAGCACAUCACAAUCACACCAGUGCUCCUUCAACACAAUGCAGAGCCAGAUAUGUUUAUGGAGGCAUAUACAGCGUUUAAGAAGUUGACUACUACAGAUUUAAAAACAACUGCCAGGAAAAACACUAAAGGCUGGAUUACUGCAGCAGGACAUGGCAGGAAGGCUAACACACCAGUUGCUUCCAUGCUUGUUCUCAGCAGCAGUUGCAAUAAGGCACAACAGGCAGGGCUGUAACACUGUCACAAUUCAGUUCAAUAUACAGAUCACGGAGGCACUCGUUAUGAAGUCCUAUGGGAUAUCAGCAAAUGAAGGAGGAAAAGGGACUGAGGUAUUCAGCAGCUGUUAAAAUUUGUUGUAAGCACUUUGUGACCCUUUUCAAUGGGGAAGUGCUGAACGGUGAGAUUAAGAUAGAUUAAUCAGUAACAAUCACUUGAUUGCAUAAACAAGAGCCUGGAGAUGCUGUCAUUUGUUUUAGGAAACAAAAUUCAGAGAAUUCACAUGACAGUCUCAUAAAAUAUUUAUUUACUGAAACACAGAAGUCACUAAUUACAGUGUAAUCAUAUUAGACGUGGCCUCUUCUUAUGCUUCAUAGCUCUCCUAGCAGGAGAAACAGCUACUUCAGGGCUUUUUCAGAAGGACAUUUCCUACCUACACUUGAAGAGUGGCAGAAGGACGUAUUUCUUGUCCUAAAUUCAAAUGAGAAAAUCAGCACUGAUAACAGCAUUACACAUUCUGAUAGCAAAUCAGCUGAUGCUCGCAGUUAGAAAACCAGGGGCAGACAAAGCAGCUGAUUGCUGGAGCAGGACCCCAACAUAACAAACAUGAACACCCAGAAGCCACCUCUAGGCAUAAAGGGAAACACUGAUCCUGCUGGCCCUUACAAGAUCAGUGCAAGUUCUGAAGGACAGAAUGAAGCAGACGAAACCACAUGAUCCAUGAGCAACAAGAAAGACUCUUUAUAAUCCUGCUCUUAGAACAGAGGAAAAACAGCCCAUCAAAGCUGGUAUCACAAGACUUUCCAACACGACAAUUACUGCCGUCCUAUAACCCAACCACAGCUGUGCACUUCUCAAAGCAAAGCACUCUAAGGCCCUCGGUCCCCAUUUCCCCAUCAGGAAGACUCCAGAAAUCCAUCUGUGUGCACAUUCUCUUCAGCUAAGCAGUAAUGCAUUCCCAAACCAUCCACAGUCACUGUGCAGGAACAACGACACGACAACUUCAUGCCUCUGAAUGAUAACACUGAUUUCUUGGAACCCUGAUGCUGAGAUCCAAUCCAUUUUUUUAAUAGCAGCUGAACAUCGCAUCGAAGCACGGCCUGCCCAUUAAUGACACUUUAAGUUAGCAGAUCUGUAUCAUCUUAAAAAGUGAACCACGCAAAGACAAAAUUGCUCUUUCAGGAGAAAAACACAUUUCCUUUCAGCCUUCAGAACUGUAGCCACCAGUAGGUGGUGUUUCUGAAAUGUCAGAGCACUUCUUCUCCCCUACAGAUGAAAUGCAAAACUCCACCUGCACUACUGCUGCUUUUCAUGCAGGACUCCACGCUCACUGCUGCUCCACGUUCACUGCAAAGAAACCUAUUUCAUCCGAGGGCCUUUGAGCAGAACGGUUCUACCACGCGUCCAGAUGACAACACACACCUGACAAUGUAAAUAUACAGACGACACAGGACUGACUCGCAGGUGACAUUCCCUGCAGCUCUGCACACCUAAAGGCAAGUUUAUCCUGGCACGGCAGUGGAAGUUGACACAUCCAUUAAGUGAGUACCUGAGCGAGAAGCAGCCUUCUGCUGUCUGCAGGAAAACCAGCUCUGGAAAAAUGGAAUUAAGGUCCAAGGAUGUGCAAUGAGUAUUAACAGAACACAAAUGGAGCUAGAAUUCUGCCAUCUUCCGACCUGCACGGAGGAGAACUGCUGAAGAAAACCUUUCUUUGAAAUGAUCCAAGUACCAUUAUGGUAAAAAGAUCCCGACGUGAUCUUACAGCGUACAGGAACUGCAAGUGCUCUCAUUUGCAAUGCAUAUAGUGUCUUGUAAGAAAACAAGAAAGAAAGAAAUGUACUUCUUGUACUGUUGUAUUUCAGUCAAUUUCAAGUCUAAUUAAUUUGGCUUCUGAAGAAUUUGAAUUUCCUAUUUAUAAGUGCGGGCUUUCUUCCAUUCCAAACAAAAUGCUUCCGAUUCACUGCUUUGAAAACACCCCAAAACCUCAUCUUUUUGGCAUUACUACCAAACUGUGAGUGCUGUUAUCUUUUGUGCAUGUAUUUUAACCAUGGAAACCUACUCUGCCUCAGUCCCACCUGUCAUAUGUAACAGCACAACUUUCAACCUCAACGGAUCGCAUCUGUGUAACGAGAGCCUGUCUUCUAGAUUAGCAGAUAAAUCAGAACACCAACAAUACGUUAUUGGGCUUUUCCUAUCGUGUCUUUACACAAUAUUCCUUUUUCCCAUCGGUUUUGUAGGAAACAUUCUGAUUCUGGUGGUGAACAUAAGCUUUCGUGAGAAGAUGACUAUCCCAGACCUUUACUUCAUCAACCUCGCGGUGGCCGACCUCAUUUUAGUUGCUGAUUCUCUCAUUGAGGUUUUUAAUCUUGACGAAAAGUAUUACGAUAUCACUAUCAUAUGCACCUUUAUGUCUCUGUUCCUUCAGAUCAACAUGUAUAGCAGCAUUUUCUUUCUGACGUGGAUGAGCUUUGACAGAUACAUAGCGCUGGCAAAAGUAAUGAGGUCCAACCUAUUUCGCACUAUGCAACACGCCAGGUUGAGCUGUGGUCUCAUAUGGAUGGCAUCCAUUUCUGCAGCACUGGUGCCAUUCACGGCUGUGCACUUACAACACACCGGAGAGGUCUACUUCUGUUUCGCAGACGUAAAAGAAAUCCAGUGGCUAGAAAUAACCCUGGGGUUUAUCAUCCCCUUUGUGAUCAUCGGCCUUUGUUACUCGUUAAUCGUUCGAGUCCUUAUAAAAGCACACAAGCACAGGAGCCUUCGCCUCCGCCGACAGAAGGCUCUUCGAAUGAUAUUCGUUGUGGUCCUGGUUUUCUUUAUCUGCUGGCUCCCUGAAAACGUCUUCAUCAGCGUCCAGCUCCUGCAAAAGAAAAGCGAGCCCUCCUCGUCCAGCAGCCCGUCCUUCAGACACGACUACCCUCUCACAGGACACAUUGUGAACCUGGCAGCUUUCUCCAACAGCUGUUUGAACCCUUUAAUUUACAGUUUCCUAGGGGAAACCUUCAGAGACAAACUGCGGCUGUACAUUGAACAGAAAACCAAGAUGUCCACGUUACAUCGGUUCUGCCAGGCUGCCCUGACGUCUGUCAUCCCCGACAGCAAUGAGCAAUCCGAGGUCUGAUUUGGGGCUGUUGUGCAGAACGUCUGACUGUGAAGCUGUGCAAAUAGUGAACAAAAUGCUUACUACUAACAGCAAGAAGCAUGCCUGCCUGUGUAUAUAUUGCACUGCUCUACUGAGCGUGGAAGGUUUAUGUUCAGAAUGUUUUUAUGACAACUUUAAUGUAGAGGAAUAUGCUAUAGUCAGAUUUAUAUUUAAUUAAGAGCAGGAUUAUUAAAAGCUGAGCACUGGAGGAGCUUUAUUUUAUAUAAUACAUGCAUGAAUGAUAAUAUAGAAGAAAAUUUUAUCAAGCUAGAAAGACUCCAGAUGUAACUUGGUUAUUGGAGAUGUUGUUUUGCUGGUGUAUAGAAGGCACUUCCACUUAAACAACCAAACUGCAGUAAGAGUGGGGAAAAAUCAUUACAACACAUUGAUGCGGAGAUGCAGAAAACAGUUUGACUUUUACCCACAUGUGUUAAGUUAAAUGGCUUUGCUUUUGAGAACUAUAUAGUAUUAUCAUCAUUGUAUUCCAGCAUGUCUUCCACAAUUAACUUUUUCUGAUCUUAAUACAAUCUAGAAUGGUGAUGAGCUUUUGUCUCAUAAAUCUGAUCUGCUGUUUACAUCAGCACUUGAUCAAAGCUGUAAUCAUCUGUCACUGUGUGGUUCAUCUCAAAGAACUCAACUGCAGUGAAAUGUAAUGCUGUGCUCUUUUGAGGAUUCCCCAGGACAGCAUUUCUCAGGAUGGACAUAAAUGGGCUUUUUGUCAAAAAUGCAAGCACAUAUAUGUGCAUCCAUAUCUCCCUUCAGACUCAAACAGAAGUCAUGUAAGAUCUGUCUCCACUUAGCAGACCCAUUCAGAUGGUAGAACAACAUCCUGUGGCUUUAAAGCAGUCACAUUCUGCAAGACUGCAAGAAUUGCUUACAAAAAUGAAAAAGCCUCUUUUUUUCUCUCUCUCUUUUUUUUCUUUUUAAAGAAGAACUUCUGCAAAGGUGAACAUAUCAGAUCUGCACUUGGUGCCCUGCCCACCCCACCCCCAGAAAGCACAGGUCUUGGGACCCUUACAAUGCACGUUGGUUGCUCUGUCCAUCUGAAGACAAACAAUGCUAAGAAAACAAACGUUAGCUAGAAAACAACAGCUUCUAAUUUCUUUUAGAAAAUAGCUGGCUUUUAAAUCUGGAUGACGCUUAGUGCAGGUUACUGCUGAACUUCCUCAGAGGAAGCCAUAAAGUUCCUAGAGAUUUGUGCACAAGGUCAUUAAACCGUCACACACUGCAGCUCUGAAAUACACAAACUAAUUCCACCUCUGUGCUCACCAAGUCGAGCACCAGAACUCCAGAGAAUGUGACGAUCUGCCCCACUUUCAAACAUCACAAAUGAGCCAAUUAGCACACUAAAGGAGUUUUAAAAUGCAGACACUUAAAACCACGAGUAGAGUAUUAAGCAACAAAGGAAAUGGCGAUUGCACUCAUAUUUCUCACAAAAUAGUCAGUCUGCUAGUGAAGCUGCAGCCACAAAAGGUUUGACCUGUGGGCAGAGAGGCCCCAAGAUGAUGCUGCAUUGGAACUAGCUGGAUGUUCCUGAAACACUGAAAUAGGACAGCACAGAGGAGUUUGCCCAACAGCUGACCACUUCCAAGGGACUGUUAAUCAUCAGCUAAGGAGAAAUUCCCAUUUACUCCCAUCUUUCUGGUAGAGCACUAAUUAUAUUUUCUCUUGGAAACAUACAAGCACUGCCAUGCCUUCUCUGUACAGAAGCUUCUUGACAACACAGAGCAGCAAAUCUCAUGCUGCUCCAAAUGAUACAUACGUCCAUUUUCCCUCAUUAAUUUCACCUUGGGAAUUAACAACAAUCAUCCCAGUCCCACACAGACACCCCUGUGACAGACAGCUCUUUCAAACAGCACAAAGGAACAGAUCACACUUGCAGCAAUGCAUUUCCAUCGAGCCCCAGCACAGCAUACCAGCUGUGGGUAAUCCCAGCACUUUCCACGAAUAAACCAACUUCUCUGAGGUUGCAGCAGUACAGCUUCCCAAACAGAAUUCCUCCAUCCAACAUCCCAUUAUACAGCUAAAAGCACACUGCACACCUGAGCUACCAGAGGAGCUUCCUGCUGCUGGUAUUUCGGUUCAGGUUUACGAGCUGUACCUGAAAUGACUAAAUUUAAACAUGCUAUUGUAAAUAAAUGACAAGUGUUGUCCCAGGUGAAAAAAUGACACCUCUUCACAGAAGCUCGUGGUGUUUUUUUCCUCUAACGUGUAAUUUAAUCACACAAAGUUGCUUUCACUGCUUCCUUUCAACAGUUUGACAUUUACUACAUGGUGAUUGUGCAGGCAUGAAAAGCAGAGACGGUCAGUCUUGAGAUGAAGUUUGUUUAAUUUGUGAAAAGCAUUGAUGAUGUGAAUGUGGCAAGGAAUUGGAGUCAGUGGGUCAAACAACCCCAGCUCCUGCAUGGGACAGACGAGAUGCAGAGAAUAACAGCCCCUUCCUUUCCCCUUCUGGUCCACACAAAAACCAAAGGCUCGCAUCCAAAAAUGCUUCACCCAUCCAUUCCAAAAGGGAACAGCUGCUACAGAGCAAAUUCAGGAAGCAAAAAGCAGAAAUCUUGAAACACAAUUGUCUUCAACAUUGCUUCUAUCAACUGGAAAAAAUACCACCUCUCCUUACAAAUUGCCCUAAUGUCACCAAUUGCUGUACUUCAUCAGCUGUUCAUUAAGACUGCAAAAGGGAGGAGGUUACCUGGACAACUCAGAGCGGUUAGGACUGUUGCUUUCUGUGUCAAAAUGUGGUUUACAGGGGGUGAAAGUACACAGAAUUCAACCUUGAGCAUGAUUUAAUUCCAUUUGAACUUGUUUCUACACAAAAAGGAAAAACAUGCACACACAGAAGGCAGGUUUGAAUGUUAACAGCUAUUCAUGAAAACGGAUCAAUGAAUUUACUUCAUUUUGCUUGAAAACAGGGGUGUGAUUUGAAUUGAGGGGACUCUGCCCUUCCCUUCCGAUCCAAAAGCCUCUCCCCCCUCAUUCAGAACACUGCACAAAUGUUUGGGACUUCCAACACAGAAGAGCACAGAGCUAAAUUCAUGGCUGAAUUCAAUCAAUCAAAUUAUCUCUUUGCAACAAGUUUACUCUCAUGUUACCAAUUACUCUUACAGCAGCCCAUCACUACACAGCCAGACACAGACAUUUCUCGUUCAGACUGUUUAGAUUAAGCUAUUAUUAUUAUUAUUACAUUCUGUUUAUUAAGCACGUCUCCAAUAAACAUUUCCACCUCAGAAAUGCAUUUUAUCUU